CGCUUCACCGAACACGAACACACGUCUGAGUGCGUUUAGGACCAGAGCCCGCGGCUGCCAGCAUCUUUUUCAAAUAGACGGAGCUACGUUCAAAAGGCACACCAUUAUAUAAUUUGUGAAGAUUAAAUAGGACUGCGCCCAGUAAGACGCGGCGGCAUCUCUGACUCAGGCAAACUCUUUGGCAACAUCACCACCUCGGGUCCAUCAACUCACCAGGCUAAAAAUGCCACUUUUUGGCUGGAUGAAAUGGCCAAAAUACGAUGCCCGCAAAUCCACACACUGUCCUGGCUCAGACGUAGUGACAAAGACUCUGCUUCGGGAAUUAAAGUGGCAUCUGAAGGAGCGAGAGAGACUAAUACAAGAGAUCGAAAAUGAACAAAAAGUAAAAAAAACAGGAGUGGAUUACAACUGGCUGAGAAACUACCAGAACCCCCACAUAACCAUCCCAGCUACAGAACAAAGACAGCUUGAAGUCCUUUGCUCACAAGUUCAACCUUGUCAGACCGGAACUAUUCUCAGCAGGUUUCGAGAAGUUUUAGCAGAAAAUGAUGUUCUGCCGUGGGAAAUAGUCCACAUCUUCAAGCACGUCCUGAAGGACUUCCUCACCGGCGCCGAGGCCGGCGAGCAGGGGGGCCGGCGGGAGUCGGGGAACACGGCCUGCCCCGCCCCUUCCGUGACGCCAGGCGCCAGCCCCGAGCGCUCGGACAAGGACGAGCUGCCCACGAUCUCCAGCUACGUGGACAGAACCACGAGGGGCAGGCCCCCGGCGCUCCCGCACAGGACAUGGAAGCUGCCGCACUGUCACCCGUCAAGUUAAGUAACUUCCCCCCAGGGGGGCUUCUAAGACCACCUUUGCAACAGGAACUCUUAAUGUCAAGAGUAAGAAAAAGUGAUGUGAUUUCAUGUUUUGUCACAAAGUCAGAUGUUAAGUAGCGUUUAACUCCGCAUCCGAGGUUUUAGGUAGUGUUCCUUUUUUAACUAUUCUAAAAAUGCAACGUUUUAUUGAACAGUAGACUUUUAACUAAAAUGGUUCCAAAUAUUUUGAAAAACAUGUUUAAAGUACUUUCCUUAAACAUCUCACAAGAACUUAGGUAUUUUAUUUAGUACGAAACUGGUCAGAUUCUGUGUGGAAAUGAGACAUUAACCUUGACUUUUAUUCUGAAAGGAAGCUGUUAUACAAUAAAAUAAAUGACUGAUGUGAAUCUUACUUUUACAAUAAAA